GCGUAACUCCCUCCUUGAUCCCGUGAGGUCCACGCCUCUCUAGUACUACUAAGCAAGUCGAUAAGGCUAUGUUGUAUGCCUUUCCUAGUUUUCUGUAGAACGCAGUCUGAACUCUUCGCGAUUCCUUCGUUGGUUUCGGCACCAGCGCCUUAGCUUAGAGAAGGACCAGCUAGCUAGCUACAACGGUACUACAUACUAUUUUCUUCAGGAAGCUUUUCUAGUGGCUGGACGUUAGCUAGACUUUUGAGAUUGUUCGCUCGGGAGUUGUAGUUCUCUUGGCGGCUGAUUUUUCUUCCGACGUUCUCUGUCUGGACGCUUGAAUCAGCAGAGCAUGGCGAGGGAUGUGAGAGCAGCACUCCCAGUCAGACGGUUAUUAUGUUUUGCCAGUGUAGCCGGUUGUCUUCUGGCGUCUAUUGCUCAAGCAGCAUCCGUCACUCAGGCACCUACCAUCGGAUCGUCAAUCCAAGAAGCCCUUAAGGACUUCACCCGCCACGUCAGCGUUGAAAACCGGUGGCCGACGUCUAUGACUCACGUCAGCAGAGUGGAUUUGGAGGACGCCACGUGGCAGCGCGUGCUGCAGUACGACUUCGAGAUUCAGCUCGGCGCGCAGCGAAAGGCGUUCUCCCUCUCGGAGCAGCUGAGCCCUCCCGAGUACCUCCUCCCCCACCUGCCACCACUCGCGGGACCGGACCAAGGCGGGGAACCAGAAGGCCAAGCAGCUGAAGCCGAGGGGUCUGUUGCGUUGCUAGGCGCUGAUACAGCGGACGCCGCUGAUGGCGGGAUGGGUGCGCGAGGCGAUUCGCUGUUGCAAUCCGUCGCGGGGUCGGUGCUGACGUCAGCGGCGGCGGGGUCGCUGCCGCCGGUGACGGUGGAGGGGCCGAUGGAGAUGUGGGUGCAGGACGCGGAGCACGUGCGCCUCGCCAUGCCGCACGACGUGGAUGCGGGGGAGGUCAAGAAGGUCAUCCUCGCGUCAGGCGCGGCUGUCACCGUGCACGGCGCGCAGGCCGUCGCCUUGGCGCGCCCGCUGCAGCUUCCGCUUCCCCCGCUCGCCCCCCACUCCUCCUCCGCCUCCUCCGCGCUCCUCUCCCUCGCGGAGAGGCUCAAAGCCGCUGCGCUCUCCUGGUCCUCCCCCUCCCGCGCGCCCUCGUCCGCGUCUCUCCUGCCGCGCGCGCUCGUGUCUCUCCGCGUCGUCCGCCCCUCCGCCAUCGUCGCCGCCAGCGUGCCCCUCUCCCCCUCCCCCCCUGCGCGUGACGUCCCCAGCAUCGGGUUGGUGGAGGCCGUUACUGGGGCGGGUGCGACUGACGACCUUGGGAGCACCGCCACUGCCCUUGCACCCGCCAAGCUCAGAGUCAAACGGAUAGCGGCAGGUGCGGUGGAGCUGAGGUCAGCGAAGCCGCGAGCCACGUCAGCAGCAGCAGGGGGCGCGCUCUCCCCCGUCGCCGCAUCGCUGGCACUGUCAUCGCUCAUGGGCGCACCGGGGCCAUGGCCGUUCCCAGCUGUGAACCGCACGGAUGGGCGGCUGACAGCGCUUGGGGAGGCGCUGCAGGGCGCGCUGGGGGAGAUGGCGGCGCAGCAGGGGAGGCACAAGGGCGGCAGGGGUGGAAGGGAAAGUGCUGCUGCUGCCGAGGGUGGUGCCAGUGGUGGCUUGCCACGUGUGUUCCAGCUGGUAAAGGCCAGCGCGUCUGCUGCCAGGGUGGUGCGGAUUCCGUUGCAGGUGGAGCACAGGGUGGAGGGUGUUGGGCAGUCCAUGCUGCCUGCGGCAAAUGAUAACGGGACUGCUACAAAUGAGGGUGAAUGGAGAGAAGAAGCAGAGGAGAAGAGGGGCGAGGAAGUAGCAGGAAAGCAGCAGUUGGACGGAGGGAAGGCCAGGGAGAAGGGAAGUGACGGUGGUGUGAAGAAGAAUGGGGAGGGUGAGUCUGUGGCCAUGACACGUCAGCAGUGGGAGCUGGUGGCACGGGUGGAUGGCGACGGUCGUCUUGUUCCCGUGCAAGUGCGGCGAGUGGGGGCGGUGGAUGCGUCCAUGGUGGUGUCCCCCCAUGUGCUGUCGCCCAACACCACGGCCCACAUGCCCAACCUCCCGCCAACCAGCCGACUCAUGCUGUAGGCGAGGAGAGGCGAUUCGCACUCGUGUGGAAGAUGACUCACUCGCAUGAAGGCCACGUGUUGCACAUGACUGCUCUCGACAGCAAGCUGCCUGCGGAUUGUACAUGGUUUAUACGUAGUAGGGUUGGUGCUGGGUAGAGCAGUGAGCAGUGUGCAUGGGCUGACACCUCUGGGAUCUGCUUGGUCCCUAAAGGUGGCUCUUGUAGGCUUGGGACAAACUAGGUCAUGCCAUGGGUGCGUGACUCUGCAUGCAGUACCGGUAUUUAGUAUAGACUCGACACCCUGCUGUAAGGCAGAGAGUGAGGCAAGCUAAUCCAACCCAUGAUGCAUCAAAACGUGCCACCUACUGUGGUCCCGGUCGAACGGGAGAUGUGGCGCAUAGUGCUGAUAGGAAACGGAAUGUCUAAAAUUUUGCAUGCUGAUGUAAUCAAACCAAAUUAUAAGC